AUGAGCUCAGACAAAACAGCACUUUAUCUGGAUGACUUUCUGAUACUGGAUCCUGCCGUGUGCAGCACGGCUCUUGAUUUCCAGGAUCUUUACGGGCUGGAUGGCACUUGCGGAUUUACAGAGCUGUUUGAUGACAGAUUACUCCAGUCCGUCAUCAUAAACGAUUGCGCCGACGACCUGGUUAUCCAUCCAAAGGAAAUUAAGAAGCAAGGAGAUGGAGAUGUCUAUAAGCCUAGGAAGAUUAGGGGCACUGGAAGACUGAGAGAAGGAUACUGUAGGAUGUGCAACCUAUGGUUCAAACUAAAGACAAGUAGCUACUGGUAUCAUAUGAACUAUAAGCAUGGAAUAAAUUCGAAGGGAGUAAGAUAUCCCGAGCCCCAAAUAAAAUAUGUGGGGGAUAAGGCAGAAGGAUUCUGCGCAAUCUGCAAUGAUUGGGUGGUGUUAGGCCAUAAGUCAAAUGGAAAGUCCACAAAGUUUGGAUGGUUCAGACAUUGCCAAAAAAAGCAUGGGCCAAGUAAAACAAUUUAA